AUGAAUAAAGAUGACAUACACCGAUUAAAUGUAUUCCCCCCCGAUGGAGCAGGGGAAAAUGAAAAUGACGAAACGGAUGAGAAUGAACUCGGCGAAAGGGAAAAGUGCGUUUCCAUUUUGGACGCGUCUUCUCCGAGGAGUAGUCAUAACCAAGUGGGGGGCAGUAAUGAGAGGGAUAAUCUUCCGGGGACAAAUGACACCCCUAAGGGGGGAUCUCCAAUAUCUACUUUAGGCGAGGUGGUCCAGGCGGCAAGCGGUGAAAACGCAGAAAGCGCAGAGAACGCAGAGAACGCAGAAAGUGCGGAGAACGCAGAAAGCGCAGAGAACGCAGAAAGCGCGGAGAACGCUGAUAGCGCAGCGAACGCCGCGAGCAUCGCCAACACAGAUGACACCCUGAACCGGGACGAAGCCAAGCAGGGCGCCCCCCACCCAGCAGAAGGAAUGGAAUGUGCUCCCCUAAACUGCAGCAUAAACACCGUUGCAACGGCCGACAGUGGGGAAAACAACACGACGGAAAGCCCCCCAGCGGAGACCCCCAAUUGUUCCAUUUCCAUUAGCGGCAUUAGCACAACGCGUAAUAAUAACACAGAUGCGCAUGUAGAACUGGUAGGGCAGACGGUGGGGCAGGCAGUAGAGCAGGCGGUAGAGCAGACAGUAGAGCAGACAGUAGAGCAGACGGUAGGGCAGACGGUAGGGCAGACGGUGGGGCAGACGGUAGAGUGCAUUCCUGUCAUAGGAGAAGCGAAGGAAGCCAAUUUUGCACCCGAGAUAAAUGUAGAAUCGAAAAGGGAGGAAGCGAAUUGGUUAAAACCUGCCAGCUCAUGUGUGACAGUGGCUUGCAGUGAAGAGUUACCUCCGGUUGGGGAUUGCUCGAGGAAGCUAGCUGAUGUGGUGAGCGAAGCUGCUAGUUGUAUGGUUCAUGAGAUCGCCAAUAAGAUCGCCAAUGAGGUCGCCAAUGAGGUCGCCAAGAACACUGCUAAGCGAGGAGACCAACUGUUCUCCCUCGCACACACAGUAAGCAGCUUCCAAGCCGAACUGCUGGAAAAAAACAAAGGAACAUUCGAAGAAGUUAAAAAAAGGGGCUGCCUCUUUGUGCUAGCCAUCCAGCAAUCAUUUAUGAACAAAACGGAGAAGGUCCUUUGCACCAGGUGCAGCCCCCAAUUGGCAUCCCUGAAAGGAGCCAAUGAAAUUUUCCGGAUAAUAUUAAAACUUCAAGUAGAAAAACAGACGAGCGAAUUGUACUUGGCUCAUUUUUUGGAGAAGCUAAAGAGGGACGUGGAGAUGGCCAACCAGACGGCGCAGCAGCGGUGGACACAUGAGCUGACCCAGCAGGUGGCCCAGCAGGUAACCAAACAGGUAGCGAAAGAGGUGAGCAAAGAGGUGAGCAAGGAGGUGGCCCACCAAAUGGAGGAAGCACAACUCAAAAUAAACAGCUUAAGCAAAGAUAGAACAACCCUUAUGGAGACCAUCAAAAAAUGGGAGCAGCAUUUUCAUCAAAUGAAAAAUGAACAGGAAAUAAUUCACGCUAGGGUUAAAAUCAGUGUCCAUAAAAGCUUCCUCAAUUUUACGGAAUAUAUAUUUCAUCUCCUCCUAAAGGUUCAUUCUUCCCUUUGUCAGAAGAGUGACAAGCUGGCAUUUUUAAUCAACCGAUUGAAGUGUAUUGGACUUGAGUGGAGAGCCUCCCAGGGGGGGAAAGGGAAACGGAAUCGGCAGAGGAGGGGGAGAGAGACACGUGGGGAGACCCACCACAGUGAUGGAAAAAUCAGUAGGGAGAAAAAAAAGGAAAAGAAGAAAAGGAAAAAAAGAACCGUGGGGAGAAGCAAAACUGGCAAUAGGAGCGAAGGUAGCAAUAGGAGAGGAAGCAGCAGUAGGAGCGAAGGCAGCAAUAGGAGCGAAGGCAGCAGUAGGAGCGAAGGCAGCAGUAGGAGCGAAGGCAGCAGAAGGAGCGAAGGCAGCAGAAGGAGCGAAGGCAGCAGUGGGAGCGAAGGCUGCGCGUUCUCCCUUGGGGGGAGUAGCCCCCCGCGCAGUGACAGCUCCAACUUCUCCAAAUCGGGAAAGCACCACUCGUGUAGCUCCUCCUCGUGCGAAUCCAACUCCAGUGUGUGCCUUUCGAACGAGUUGUGCCUCUCCGACCUGACGCACAUGAACACAAAUGGGCUCACGGACGGAGGGGGCAAAAAGAAGGGACGCAGAAAAGUGAGGCAACUGCUAAUCAGGGCAAGUGCAUCCAAGGAAGGGAAAAAUAGAGCGCACUCGGUGGACAACGCGGGGAAGGCGCCCCCCAACAAGGGGAAAAGGAAAUCUCACCACAAGAAUGAGCUGCGCGAGCGGCGCGACCAGCACCAUCAACACCGUCACCACAAUCAGCGCAAGUUAUACAGCCGGUAUAGGAAGUACAAAAGGCUCUACGCCGAAGAGCUGCAAAAAAACAAAACGUUGCAUUUUCUGCUGGCGAAUAAGGAUGAAGAAAUCGCACAAAUUCGAAGUGUAAUGAAGGAUGAGAUGCACAGCAGACUCCUCCUCCACGAGCAAGAGGAGAAAAAUAAAUUAAAAGAAAUAAACGAGCUGAAGGGGUUGCUACAAAAUGAAGAAAUGUCAAAUAAGAAGUUAGUCGUCCGGAAUGAAGAAAUGGAAGAGCUAAAUAAAAAUUUUAAAAAAAAAUUCGACAUGUAUGAAUACACAGAGAAAGAAUUAAACAAGAAGCUGUGCGAACUGAACAUGGCACUUAGCAAGGAGAGGAGAAAGAACAAACGGUUGGUUUUUCAAAAUGGAAAAAUGAGAAGCGCUCUUUUUCGAUAUAACCAUGGGGUGAACUUACUUGACAGGGGGAUGUAUCAUCGUAAUGGGAAGUGGUGCGUUAAUGUUUCUCCGUUGGAGUGUGUAGACGGAGAGAUGGGAAGCGAAGCGGACAGCAGCUUUGGAAGUGAAGGAGACAGUAAUGUGGGCUCCGAAUUAUACAGUGAGAACAGCGAACAUUUGUAUGAGGACGAAAAGUAUUUCCCGCAUGGCACGAUUAAAGUCCCAGUUCACUACACGAAGCAGCAAAGGAGGAAACUGCUUCUUCAAGGAAAAAUGAACAAAGCUCAUGGUCAACUACGUAACAACAGGGGAAAGGACGUGUAUGGAGGGCACUAUGAGCAGAAUGAAUACAAACACGUUAAGUUAAACUCCUGCUGCUUUAGUGAUAACUCUGUGGAUGUUAGGAUGCCGAGGAGCAGGCGGCUCCCGCGGGGCGGGGGCACGAAAGGGAAGCUCGCCGUCCGUGAAAAGGGCAACGGGAAAGAAGGGGAACGCCAAAAUGAGAGACAACAAAAGGGGCUGCAAAAUGGGCUGCAAAAUGGGCUGCAAAAGGGGCUGCAAAAGGGGCACCACAACACGCAGCACAGAGACCGCCAGUGUGCCCCCCCAAACAGCGACAAACCCGUACACAUCGAUGACCAAAUCAGAAGAGACCUCGAAAACUUCGACGAAAAGAAGUACAAGAAAAUUAUAAGUGAUAUCACUAAAGAGGAAAAAGUAAUUGAAAAAAUAAAAGAGGACGAUUUGUAUUCUAUAUUUAUGCAGAACUGGGAGGAAUCUCUUAUGGGACCAGAAGAGGGAACAAAAAAUGGGCCUCUCUCCUGGUCAGGGUCCUUCAUGCAUCAUCUGAAUAGAAGCGUGCUUUGUACCAAUCAAGGGGAGGCAAUUCUCCCAGGGGGGAAUUAUGACCAGGUAGAAAGGGGGGGAAGUAAUGGGACAAAACGGGGUGACUUCACAGAAGGUAGUUAUGCGAACGAUGUGGAUAAUUGUGCUGAUGGCCCCAUAAACAGGGCCUACCUUUGUCGGGAGGAGAACACCGCGGGGAAAGACAUUCAAAGGGAAGAAACCCUAAUGGGACAUCCUGGAGGGCACGAAAAUGUCACGUUUAAUUAUGACCCGAAUUGUUCAGGCAAAAUGCAUGUAUUCCCCGUGGAGGAGACGCAAAUUGCUAAUGGGACAGGUCUACCAAGGGGGGAGGAGGAACCUCAUGAGGAGGAAGGAAACAACAGGAUGGAUACUUCAAAAGGGACGAAUGACCAUGUUGGGAAAGGCCUUAAAGGCCUUGGCGGUGCCAUCGAUGGGACAACUAAUUGGGACGUCCACGACGGGAACGGUGGCAGUGAGCCCUACGGAACAAAUCUCAUCGAAGGAAGCGAAUUAAUCCAACUUACCGAUAACCCCCAGGGAGGAGAGGCCAUCCACGGGGGAAUCUUAAAAAACUACGAAACGUACAAAAAGAACAAAGAAAAAUUCAUGCACCUGACUUUACGAAAAAAGGUAACGCAUGUGGGGAACGAACAUACACCCACAGGAGGAGGAGGAGGAGGAGGAGGAGGAGGAGGAGGAGGAGGAGGAGGAGGAGGAGAAAAAGAAGAAGAAAAAGGAGGAGGAAAAAAAGACGGAGGAGGAAAAAAAAAGGCCACAUUCCUAGCAAAUGUAUUAAACAAGGAGAGCUCCAAAAGGGAGAAUAAAAAUGGUUGCCAUGUUUAUGCCGAGCAACAGGAAGAGGAAGCAUUCGAAAUGGACAAGAAUUAUGCCCCUUUUCAAAGCGCACAAAAAAGGAACUCCCUCGAUAAGGAUAGGGACAUGCGAGAGAGCAUCAUGAUGCAUUAUACAUACGGGAAUGACAAUCAUAGGGGUGUAACCCUACACAGCAAUGUGAACAAUAGGAGUCACAUUGCACCAACUUCAUAUGACAACACAGAUGCACACUUCUUUCAAACGUCGGAUAAAAGGGAUGAGACAAGGAAGGGCAGUGUGGUAGAUGAGGUAGGUGAACAGCAGGACGAACGGGGGGCGCAUAAGCCAAAUCGAGAGGGAGAAAGAAUGACCCCAGGCGGAAUGGCACCGAACCCCCACACAAACGAAUUCAGCUUACAUAAUGUGAGCAACAGUGUGUUGAAUGCAAGUAGUGCAGACCGUACAAAUGGUGCAGGCCGCACAAGCGAUACAUGUUAUCCUCCUGUGGGGGGGGGGAAUUCUCGAGAAAAAAAAAAAAUCCCCAUGUGUGAAGAUAUCACUGCCCCGGCUAAUGAAGGGCUAAAUGGGGACAGCCACCGGGGAAACGCCGCUGCAUACUCCUCGUAUUCCAUGAACAUGUUGAUGGGCGCCAGUCGGACGGACAAGAUUGGGUGUAGACUAAUCACCUCUGAUGCACCGAACGGGGGAACUACCCUAUAUGCGGCCACCCAUUUGGCAAAGGUCGACAUGGACACAGAGGAGUUGUGUCCCGCCUUCACUCACGAGGAACAGAGUAGACCACGUACAACUGGUGCGAAAUUAAAUGAACGGAAUGAAAGUGCCACAGUGACGGGCAUCCCUCCAAUCGAAGAGCAUUCACGUAUCGCAGCAAACGAAAUAGUUAAUCACAGCCAUCAGAAAGGGGGCCAUUCUUGGGACAAUAAAAACAGCGCGGGCAGUUCCGUGCCCAAGAAUGAAGCCCUCAAUGAAGCAUUGGGGCCGUACCAAACAGGCGCAGCUGUGCCCAAAAGGGACUCCUGUGAAAGCGCGCCACAGAGGAAGAGUGUCGGGGAUAGGGGCGUCUUAAGUAGGUUGCUCAGGAAGAAGUAG